AUGAGAGGUAAACGGAUUCACAAAGGCAGAACACGAAAGUUCACAGCUCCAGAAGAAAUUGAUCGCCAACUGGGUCUAAUCAGAGGAGACAAUAUUACCGAAGGUGGUUCCUCUCUGAAAGAAUCCCAAGACGGUAACGUUGAUGAUUCUGUGAGUGGGGAUAAUGAUGACGAUGAUGAUAGUGAUAGCGAAGACGAAAACGCAACUGGACGUCAUAAAGGUGUUAGCCAUCUAAUAGAAGUUUGUAAUCCAAAUCAUAUGAAAGGUUCUAAUUCAGUUGUACCUUCAAAGAAAGAACUGUUAGCUUCAUCUAAAGCUGUUGUAGACCCGUUAAAGUUACAGUCAGAAAGUGAAUUAGCCGUUAACUUAGCACGUCUUCAAUUGGUCAGGAAAGAACGUGAAUUAGCCGCUCAAAAACUUGAACAAGAAAGGCAAGCCCGUGAAGCACAACGUUUAGCUGCUGCUAAGCGCGCAGCAGAAGCAAAGCUACAGACAGGAAAACAACAGAAAAGUGGUCGUAAACAAGCAUCAACAGCUGAGAGUAGUAAACAGAAGAGCAACAAUCGAGACAAGAGUACACCGGCAACAGCAACAAGUGAACUUGGCGCGUCAACAGUUGAUUAAUCAUCAUUGCAAUUAUAUGAUGUUGCCUGUGUGUAUAUCUUUUCAGAAACUGUAUUUGAUCCCUUUUUUUGUCAGUUUGAUUUAUUUAUAAUACACUACUAUUUACACCUUGUGUGUUGUGUACACUGACUUUGCAGAUUUUUACGCAUUCACACAAGCGCUUAUACACAGAUGUAGCAAACUUCAAAUUUCUUUUUUGUACAAGGGAAUCAAUUUUUCCAUUAUACUUCAACUCAUAGAAUUCGUUUUUGCUUGUAGAAGAAUUACAACCACCCAACUGUUUGGUGUAAAAGGCUUAUUCUUCAUUUGAAAAACUUUCACUCCGCAGUUUUUAAUGACUGUUUUAGAUCAACUGAUCAACGUUUGCUAUCGACAAUUGGUUUUUCGUCAAUUACUUUCACUGUGAAUACUAAACAACAUAAACACGUGUGAAACAUGAUUUAUAUACAAUUUCAUAUGUACUAAACUAUUCUUUAAGGUCGUAUAAUAACUUUUUCUAUAACCAGUCAAUCUUAAAUUUCGGAUUUUUUUCAUUCGCAAUGUGAGUUAUGCGAAUGUGAAUUCAUGAGACUACUAUUUUCUUGAAGCGAAAUUAAUGGGGCUUAUUUUGGUAACUUGUAUAAUUAUAGCUCUAAAUAUCAUGGUAAGAACGAGAUGAGUUCAGUUAAGCGGAAUUGCGCACUGGAGAUGAGACAUUCGAUUGUGUACUACUCUCCUUUAUCUGUAAAACAUGGAUAAUAGUAGGCAAAAAGUAGACCUUCACUUGUUUAUAAGCCUGUUCUUUACUGGGUGUAAUGCUGUAUGGACAAUGGCAGUUGAGUUUUAGGUAGUUGUGGUAAGUAUUCAGUUGAUAGUUGGUGACACGUAAAUCGUAAUGAAAGAAAAACUCUGAUGAAAUCAAAACAUGAUAUCCAGGAUUGACUGUUAGUUUUGGUUGUAUAAGCUUGCUCAACUGGAGGCGUGUGAGACAAGUGAAACUAGUGGAUGAAUUUAGUUAAGUCAACGCCGAUCCAGGUGAUGCAAAUCUACUUACGCUUGACCUUUUUGUGUACUCCGUGUUCUAUCAACUUUCAUAGUAUCUUAAAAAGAG